CUAGUAAACUAGCAAAAUUAGUACGUACUAGUAAAUAUACUGCGUACUUGUGCCCAACAUGAUGAUGGGGAAACAGCGCCGCCUUUGGUGCCGUUGUGGUCAGAGGGGGUACUGCAGGCGGAAGUGCUACACCUGUUGAAGCGUCUCUUCAGUUUAAUUUCUCCACGCAGCAACCUACUACACCUGCAACUACACACUUGGGGAGUUUCUGGAGACUCACCUACUGCUUGGGCCUUUGUCAGGCAGAAAACAGAAGGUUAUGGAUAAAUUAAAGAAGGUUCUGGGCGGUCAGGAUGAUGGGAACGCGGAUGGGUCAGGAAUACUGGAGAGAGUCAAUCAGGCGUCGACUCUGGGCUGUGGGACCAGGAUGAAGGGCUUCGCAGUCUGCUUUUGUUUGGGUGCGUUCUGCUCUAUCCUGGGUACCUGUUUGCUGUGGAUACCGGGCUUUGGUCUCGCUGUGUUCGCUGUUCUCUACACUGUGGGAAACAUCUUCUCUCUGGCCAGCACCAUGUUCCUGACUGGUCCGUGCAGGCAACUGAGGACCAUGUGCGCUAAAGAGAGAGCGCUCGCCACGAUCAUCAUGCUGGUGUGUCUGGCGCUGACACUGUGCGCUGCCUUCUGGUGGAAAAAUAAUGGACUUGCUCUGCUCUUCUGUGUCCUUCAGUUUCUUGCCUUCACCUGGUACGGCCUCUCAUACAUCCCCUUUGCCAGGGACGCCGUCAUCAAGUUAUGCACAAUCUGUGUGUAGAUGUCUCCCCCUCCUGACCAAUCAGGAUACAGGAUUGGUUUCAAUCAGCAGGGAGCAGGACGGCCUUAAACAUUUCAGCGUUAAAACCAGUGUAAACCAGGACUGAUCCCAGUUCCCAAUUAGUGUUGUUUCACUUAUAGCAGCUUAAAACCUGUUACUGCUUCCUGUUUGUUUCACCUGGACUCUCACCUGAACUCAGUCUGAACCUUCAGGAACUUUCUGCUCCCAAUCCCGAUUCUGUACCCAUUAUUUAUAUGAUUUAUGUUUUUUCCGCAGCUGCACAGUUUACACUUCAGGGAGGAGGGUGUUUUAAUUAGUGCC